AUGGAAGCUCCGCCGGCUGCGGAUGCGGCUGGUGGUGACACUUUGGCACUGCACGGCUCGCCAUUCAACAUUAUCAACAGCCUGGACGCUCAUAUGCAACCCGAGCAGUCUGCCCAUCCGACGCUAGCUAAUGCCGUGACCAGCAACAUCGGCACCAACCAUCCUGGCCGCACAUUCGUGAACGUACAUGUGGAUGCCUGGCGCCAGUCACACGCGGACAAUAGCAGCCUCGGGUUGUGGGGAUCGUCGGCGUCUCCCCUGCCUCUGGACUGGCUCCUCCAGGACGAUGUUCCCGAUCAAGGAUGGACAGCGUACCUCGGAGAUCCUGGUGUGCCUCUGCUGGCAACGUUUCCCGACGCGGUCAAUGCGUCGGCUUCUCGUCUGCGACACUCAGCGCACCCCGCAGCUCAUGCAAAUGUCGACCUGCCAGCGCAUGCAACCUCGAUCUCGACGACGGGCGAGCUCGAUACUAGCCGUGCUCCGAAUGACCAGAUCGGAUCCGGCUUGGACUCGUCGCAGGGCUACUGGAGUGCGAAUGUAACAAACGGGACAGCACGGUCUGCGGCCGUCGUGCGAGAUAUGUCGAACGCCUCUUCGCCAUCUAUGACAGAUGCAGCUGCUGCCGCUGCGACUCUGGCUCGUAUUCGAAGUGCGCCUGUUUGCCGAGGAUUCCUGCGCUCAGGUACACCAUCGGAAGAUGCAAGUGGCAGCUCUCGGGCUGCGAGUCCAGAUGCGCAGGACGGCACGCUACACCGUGCGACUUCAUCGCAGCGUGUCCAUGCCAGAGACAGCCUCGAUCGCGUCGUAGAUCCGUUCAGUGGUGCAGCGGCAGCUACGCCACAACGAUAUCCACCGCAACGUUUGCGGCGCUCUUACUCUGAAUCAUCCGACGUCGACCCCAUGGAAGUCGCGAAUCGAGACGUUGCUGCACAGCCGCGCCAGCAGCGAGUCAGCUACCGCAACCCGGACCCGUCUGUAUCGCGUCGCCAGUUCGCGCCUAGUCCUGCUGCUCCCUCGCCUGAGGACCUGGCUCGACAGGAGGCAAUCGCGCAAGACAUGCACGACACGUCCCACACUCACGGCGCCUCACCGCACGCAGUGUCCGAGCGGUUUAGCAAGCGCCGGAAACGCAGACACACCUACUGGCCCAGCGUUUAUCGCCCGGAAGCCAGCGACGGGGGUAAGCAUCUCGGGCUGCACAAAGUCCCCUGGGCAUCCGCCGAGACGAUCGCACUCGAGAACAGCUACCUCGCGGCGGCCGUGACCGAUGUCGCCAAGCGCCGCAUGAUCGACGAGUUCCGAUACUGCGAGGUCGAGCCGCACGAUCUGGUGCGCAUCCAGGAGACGCUGCGCUCCGUCGAGACCGCAACGCUAAAUGUGUUUGUGCAGCUGUACUUUGAGCAUCACGAUCCCGUGCUGCCCGUGCUGCACCGGGCGACGUUUGACCCGGACACGUGCGAUCCGCUGUUGCUGGCCGCGGUGACGUGUUUGGGCGCACUGUGCUCGAGGGCAGAGAAUGCGUUUGCGUACGCGCUUUUGACGAGCUCGCUGGUACAUGCCGUAUCGUACAAGUUGAUCGGCAUCAACCACUUGCGUGGCCGGUACCUGCCGUCGAUGCAAACGCUGCUGCUCACAUAUUUGCUUUGGAGGAACUUAGGCGAUCCGGCCAAGCUCGAGUACGUUGAGGGGUUUCGCAACAUUGUCCUGACCAUGGCUCGCCGGUGUCGUCUUUUUGAGCUCGACGCCUUUCACCCUGGUCUGGGCUUGCGAGCAGGCAGUGCGCAGGGGCAAGAAGGUGCUGAGUCGUCCACAGCUGCCAGAGAGCAGGAGGAGGAGUGGCAGAGCUGGAUCCGCUACCAGGAAAUGGUCCGCAUCAAUUGGGCUCUUUUUGUCCUGGAUAGCGAUCUCAGCCUGGCAUGGGACCUGCCGUCUACCAUCAUGAUCAGCGAGCUGCGCUCGCCUCUGCCGUGUCCCGAACCACUCUGGCAAGCCGAGUCAGCCGCGGAAUGGUCGAGCAGGUUGCAAGACGAAACGGUUGUGUUGGCCACAACCAGCGUGCUCCGCCAUCUGUUCCCUACCAAGGCGACCACGCACGGUGCAGACAUAGACCGCUCGCCACACGCGGCUGAAGCAUCAGCCUCCACCGCCGCCAAGAUCACCAGCGCUGCGAUGCAGCACACCUCGCCUCUGACACAGCUGGUGCUGAGUGCCGCCGUACACAACGUGGCUCUCAGCCGAUGCAACCUGGACACCGCGCUGACGCAGCUGGUCUUCGACUUUGGGUGUGAGGAUGACGGCGACGCGACGGACCGAGGGAUGACGACAGUGCCGCGCCAAGAUGUCGAGUUGGAAGGGUGGGUGGAUACGGUGAUGCGGCGGCUACACGGGCUGUCGGCGAGCUUGGCGCCUGGUGGCAGGGGCGAUGCGCAGUUGAUGCUGUACGGUGCUCGGCUACGGAUGCUGGUCAGCUUCAAGGCGGUGCAAGUCAUGUCGGGUCGCAAGGGCCGUCGCCGGUCGAAGCUACAGAUGCGACGGUGGCUCCACGGUCCUCUGCAAGACAACGAGUACCGCAAUCAUGUCUUUGACGUGGCGAGCAAGAUCUUCACGCUCAGCCUGGCGGUGCGCAGAGACGCACGAGCGCUCCAGUUGCAGUCACCUUCCUAUUCUGCCGGCGGCGGUAUGGUGGGCAGCGGGCCUAGCGGGACCCCUGGUGAGGAGAGGGGGACACGACAGGAGUCUCGGCUGUCGAACCUGGGCCCGGUCAUUGUUUCGGGUACAGGCGCUGAGAAUUCACUCCUGUUCUACGCUACGGUGUGUCUGGUGCUUCUUUGCCAAUGGCUUGUCCAGCGACAGCGGACAGAUCGAGAAUGUCCGCGAGUGCCAAGCGUGGGAGAACAUGUCGCAGGCGACUCGGAACGAUUGUCAAACGCGACGCCGAGGAGGACGCAGAAGGAUGUCUAUUUCCUAGCUGGCGUGGGUGCAUUGACGAACCCACUGUCCUUGGAUCGUCUGGUGCAUGUUGCGGUGCAUCAGGGCCUCAAUUGUAGCGCAUGGCCUUUGGGUCAAGUCCUGGGUAAAGUGCUUCAACAGUGGGCCAAUGGUCUAGAGCGCUGGUGA